CCAGACCGGUCUUCCCGGCAUGCAUUGCCCGGGACGAGGCAAGUCUGGCGCCAAGCGCGGGCCCGGAGCGGCCUUCCCGGAAUCCUUUGCGAGGUACCUGGCGACAAAAUGGCUGCCCGAGGGAGACGGGCGGAACCUCCGGGCCGGGAGGCGCCGGGCCCCGCGGGCGGCGGCGGCGGCGGGAGCCGAUGGGCUGAGUCCGGGCCCGGGACGUCGCCCGAGAGCGGGGAUGAUGAAGUGUCGGGCGCGGGUUCGAGCCCGGUGUCGGGCGGCGUGAACUUGUUCGCCAACGACGGCAGCUUCCUGGAGCUGUUCAAGCGGAAGAUGGAGGAGGAGCAGCGGCAGCGGCAGGAAGAGCCGCCCCCGGGCCCGCAGCGACCCGACCAGCCGGCCACCGCCGCCGCCGCGGGUCCCGGGGAUCCGAAGAGGAAGGGCGGCCCGGGCCCCACGCUCAGCUUCGUGGGCAAGCGCAGAGGCGGGAACAAACUAGCCCUCAAGACGGGAAUAGUAGCCAAGAAGCAGAAGACGGAGGAUGAGGUAUUAACAAGUAAAGGUGAUGCAUGGGCCAAGUACAUGGCAGAGGUGAAAAAGUACAAAGCCCACCAGUGCGGCGAUGAUGAUAAAACUCGGCCCCUGGUGAAAUGACCCCCCUCCCUGCCUGCCCACGGCCUGGGACUCUGCGAUGUACAUAACUAUUUAAUGCAGCGGCAGCGCGGCAGCCUUUUUCCCCCAAGGACUUAUAUACAGAAGGAAACCGAGAUGCUUCCUGCAGCUGCCGCAGCUGCGGACGAUUCUCCAGGACUCUUUUUUACCUUGAGCACUUGUCUCCUGAGACUUCAUAGAACAGUGGUUUACUGUCCCCUGUCUUCCCAGCUCCUCCCUCUCUCUGGCUCUUUCUGUCUUCCUCUUCUCAUCCUCUCCUCCCUCCCUUUAGCCAUCACUUCUGGGAAGUAAAGAACUUGACCUAGUGCUGGA